AUGGCAGGUGUGGUGUACCCCAGACAGGCCCCUGUGGAUUUAGACACAUACAAAAGCUCCUACAUGGUUGACUAUCAACACUACGGGAAGCACAAAUACUCCAGAGUCACACCACAAGAGCAAGCGAAGCUGGAUGCCCAACUCCGGGACAAAGAAUUUUAUAGGGUCGUCCCCAGCUCCAAGCCCAGGCUGGAGGAUGGAUACCCCGCCUUCAGAAAACCCCACAUGACCGCCAAAGACCUGGGACAGCCCGGCUUCUUCCCCGCGCAGGAUCAGGACCGUGUGGCCGCAGCAGAGGGCGAGGGCAGGUUCACCAGUAUAGGCCCUUCCGUGUACCCCGUUUCCCACGGCCUGUACCUGGCCCAGGGUGUCCCCAACCGGGUCCGCCAGAGCGCCGGCUUUCCGUGCCUCCUGGAGCCCGAGCUCCAGCCUGCGCCCGAGGAGGGCAAGGGCUACUUUCUGCUGCCUGGCUGCCUCUGUCCGUAUCACCAUGAAGUCAAGUUCCCCAUCUUGAACCGAUGGGGGCCCUUGAUGCCAUUUUACCAGUAG